AUGGGUUUAUGGUCACGCCUCACGCUUGUCACACUGACUGCAGCCCAACUGGUUGCAGUCGUAUACUGCGACAAACCCAAAUGUGCAUCCCUGGCACAGUCGACCUGCCUGACAGGGCACAACGCUACAAUUCUCAGCACCACUUACCAUGGCGUCGGUGCACUGAAAAUCUCCGGGACCCAGAACGGAGUCCCAUUCUGUCAAGUCUCCGCCUCAGUCGAAUAUCGCAACAACAACUCUCUAGUCUUUGACGUUUGGCUGCCCGAUGCGAAGCACUACUCAUCGCGCUUCAUGGCCAUCGGCAAUGGCGGCCAAGGCGGUGAAAUCAAUCGUGCAGACAUGAUGUCGGAACUCAACAACGAUCUUGGAUUCGCUAUUGCCGGUGGUGAUGCCGGCCAUUUAGCCUCUGAUAACAUGGCUGGAGAUAUACCGGGUAUAGGCGCUCCGGGUAUUUACCAACCAUUCUUGCACGAUGAGUCACAAGUCAAAGCCUGGAUGCACGAUGCGAUCAGUCUGUUCACGCCGGCGUCGAAACAGCUGAUCGAGGUAUUCUACGGGAAAGAAGCAGAUUACUCCUACUUUCGGGGUUGCUCCGCUGGUGGCACCCAAGGCUUCUCGCUCGCAGAACUGAGGCCAGGGCUUUUUGAUGGGAUUAUAGCCGGAUGUCCUGCUAACUGGUUCACGCACACGAUGUUGAGCUUUCUGUGGAAUGCCCAACACACAAAGGCAAAUGCAACAACUCUGUCACCACAACACCUGAAAUUUAUACAGGCUAGUGUAAUGGAGGAGUGCGAUCUUCUAGACGGCGUUAAAGACAACGUGAUACAGAACCCACUCGACUGCCACUUCAACAUCUCAUCUCUAUCUUGUCAAGAAGCUGCUGGGGCGGAAAACACCACCUGUCUCACACAAGACCAGUUAGCAGCCGCCCAAGCAUUGUAUAAAGGCCCGGUACACUCUGGUGCUUCCGCCUCGUCUCUUUUCCCUGGUCUGGCAUUGGGGUCUGAAGCAGGUUGGAGUCUACCCCAAGUCCAAGGCGCCCUUUCAAAUGCCUUCACCGUACCCAUCUUACAGAACCUCGUGUACAAGAACCUGACCUAUGAUUGCGAUGAGUUCAACUGGGAAUCAGACGUGGAAUUUCUGAAUACAAAAGCUGGUCCACUCGUCAACGCCGUCGAGACAAACCUGACUUCGUUCCGAAACAGCGGCGGCAAAAUGAUUGUCUACGCUGGCUGGGCAGACCCCAACAUCUCCCCGCAAUGGUCCAUGGAGCAUGUUGAAGCUAUAACACGAGGGACCAUUGGGAAAGAUAUGGCCAUAGCGGAGAAUGACUUUGUCAAGCUUGUUAUGGUACCUGGUGGAGGACACUGCGGGUCUAUGAACGCAAAGUACCCAUACGUGCCAGCACAAUAUAACUUUGCUUCUGCAAUGAUAGAUUGGGUCGAGAAGGGAACGGAACCAGUUUCAGGAAUCAAGAGCUGGGGCCCGGAGAAUGGAGAGAAUAGAACUAGAAGGCUUUGUACAUCGCCGCAGAUUGCGAAGCUGAAGGAUGGAGGGGAUGUUGAUGACUGGGAAAGCUACAUCUGUGCUUGA